AUGUUCAAGUUACUAUUUUUAGCAUCGAUUGUAAUCGCGCAAUCUUGGGCGCAUUACGAUAGGAGUUCAGUUACGGAUCUUAGCUUUAAAAUAUCCGGAUCGCAUUUGGAGUUUCCGUGCGAAAGCACCAAAAACAUUUAUUUCAGCUCUGGGAGAUACAUCUCUAAGAACAUAAUCGGCACUCGAAUGCAAAUUUAUAAAGAUGAGGCCAUCGUCGCUUUGCCAAGAUACAAACACGGAGUUCCCUUCACUUUGGGUAAAUUCUCUUUGAAAACGAGAGGGUGCCAAGCGACUUUAUCGCCAUUCCCUUGUUGGUCGAUGCAAGAAGAAGGAAAUUGCGAAGCGAUCCAAUCCGCUGUUGAUAUCUACUUGGAUCAAAAUGAAAUUCUUUGGAUCUUAGACGCUGGAAUCGUUAAUACUUUGGAACAACCCGUAAGGAGAUGUCCCCCAAAAGUACUUGGAAUCGAUAUGAAAACCGGUCAAGUGAUAAAACUUUUCGAUUUGACCACUUUAACUUCGUCCGAAACUCGCCUUCAAUACAUCGUGAUUGAUUACGCCGUUGAUGGAAAAGCUUACGCUUACAUUUCCGAUGCCGGGGCUGGUACAAUCAUCGUUUAUAACAUUUUCGAAGAGAAAGGUUACAGAGUUGUCCUCCCGAAAGCUGUGUGCCACUCAGGAAAAGAUGUUUUAUACUUAAACUUGAUCCAUAAAUCUUGCGGAAACGUUUUAUUCUUCACCUACUUAGCCUCAAACAAAAUCUUCUCCGUUAAAAGCGAAAAUCUCCAAUCUGGGCAAGCCGCUGGGGCCAUCGUUGAAGCUGGAAUUAAACCCGAAGGCAAUCAAAUCGUUUUCUUGGGAACCGAUAACGGCGCUGCAAUCUUUUUCAGAAACAAAGGCGAAUCUGACAUUUACAUUUGGAACACCGAGAGUUGUUUCAAAUCCGAUAACUUCCUCCUUGUCCAGAAAGGUAACGAAUGUAGGUUAUCGACCCAAGUGGUUCCUGGAUACAAGAGAUUAAUGUGGACCAUCGAGUCGAAUUUCCACGACUUUGUUUCGAACACCGUUGGAUGUUUAGGAUCUUCAAUUGUUGUUCAUCCAUUAGUUAAAACAUGCGAUAAUUAA